CGUAGCCAUUUUGGCUCAAGUGGGGCCUCGAAAUUUGCAGCGGGUGGUCGCCAGCCUACCGGAAGGCACCCCGCCAGUCAUGCUCAGCCCGCGCGCGACGCUUCAGGACAUGGAGGGGCCCCUCGCCGUACAGGGGACGGGCAAGGUGGAGUGCUUCGGACCGCGCGUGCCCAGCUCGGCCCCCACGCGAUGCCCCACGGCAGACCUGCUCACGCUCGACGACGACCAGGACGCCGAUGCGCACCAGGAGGACUGGGGCGUCGCUGCGCUUUCGAGGGGCGGCGACGAGCCGGCGCUCCUCAAGACGGCGCUCUUCGAGACCGUGCCCGUCAGGGACGAGCGCCCCGGGAGGGGGUCUGCGAUGCCAGCGCCCCCGCCGAGGCGCCUCCAGUCCGAGGCGUACUGGGAGCUGAAGGCUGCCGCCGCGCGGUACUCCCACGAGAUCGGCACCUGCAACACUGGGGCGCCCUCGUCGCCGCCCUGGCCCGGUGUCGGCCGCGAGGACGCGCGGAGGAUAAGGGCGUGGCUGGCCCCGCUCCUCGCGGCACUGCUGGCUCUGCUUGGGGCUACUUCGGGGCUGGCACAGACCUGCUCAAGUCGAAGUCAGCCGAGCAGCCCGACCCCAUCGCGGGCGGUGCUCGACAAGUCGAUCGGCAUGCUGGAAUCCCUCGCAGACCCCAGCCUCGUGUCCAUCAUCGAGGCCAAGCGGGCUGAGAGGGCGGCCCUUGUCGCUCAGAAGCGGGCAGGCAAGCCCCUGCACCUGCAGCUGCAGGCGCUGGAGGGCAAGAUGGCAGCCGCGCAGCGCAAGCUCGCUCGCCAGCGGGAUGAGGUCGUGCCCGAGCUCCAGCAGCGCCUGGCGGAGGCCCGGCGCAUGCAGGAGGCGGCCAGCAAGGAGCUGGAACAGUUGCAGGAGGAGAAGGCUCAGCUGGCCAGGCGGGUGGUCGCCGAGGAGCAGGCCCCAGCUGGGGCAGCGGGCCCUCGCGGCGGCGGGCCACACUGCGGGCAGGCGGUCAUCAGCCAGCUCGUGGCCAACCUGGAGAAGCUGGUGGGAGACACCGAGGGAGACGGAGAUGCGGUGCCCAAGCCGCUCGUGGAGUCUCUCCAGAGUCUGCUCAAGCUGGUCAAGGCCGCGGCCGAAGGCGGCGGCGGAUCCGUGGAGGAGCAGAAGCGCAAGAGGGACGAGCUGCUGGACCGCUACCUCAGUGGGCUGCCCGAGGAGGAGCGAGCCGCCAAACGCCUCUUUGAUGGGCCCGCGGGCCCGCCCAUGCUCGACUGGACCACCUUCGUGGACGGCCAGUUCUGGGCGAGCGGGGGCUUCCACAAGGAGGAGCGGCACGGGGGCGGCCUCACUUGGGGCGGCGGGGGCGCCUACGCUGGCCAGGGCAUGGGCCACUGCGCCCCUGCGGCCAUGGGCAGGCAGCCACCGCCCUUCGGACCCGCCGCCCCCCAGUCCGUCGGCCUCGAGGGCAGGCCGCAGCACAAGGGGGAUGACCCAGCUGGGAUGCCCCAGAGUCGCCGACGCGCUCGGCGAGGAGCACGACACGUCAUCGCCGCCACCUUCAACGCCAACCUCUCCUGGGCUCGCGUCGAGGAGUUCUUGGAAGAGGAAAUCGGCCAGCUCAUCAAGGAGGGCGGCAUCCCCAUCCUAGCGGUGCAGGAGAACGCGAAGCCCGCCGAGUGGUUCCACGUCACGGCGGCGGCGCAAGAGCGACGGGGCUGGCGAGUCGUGGGGGCACCCGCCGUACGUACGGCAGAGGGCGGCAGCUCCGCGGGCGUGGCGUUGGCCACACCGCGAUGCCUGAGCCUCAGCCUGGCGCCAGGACAGGAUUCGUGGGACAUCUUCCCCGCGGGCGCCGCAGGCAGGCUGUGCCUGGGCAUGACCGGGGUCAAGGGCAUUGGCUGGGUGGCCUUUUUCUCGGUGUACCUGUUCGCGGGCAAGCCUGUCACCUGGGCCUUGAACGCUGCCUUGCUGGAUGCCAUCGUGCACUGGGUCUGCCAGAUGAGGAUCCCCUGGGUGGCCAUGGGUGACUUCAACAAUGAGCCGCACGCCAUUCUCAACAGCCCCUGGAACCAGGAGGCCAAGGGCCAGGUCUUGGCCUGGCAAGGGGAAGGUGGAACGUGCAGGUCCAAGGUGGUAAAGCAGGGUGCGGAGGAGUUCAAGGAUCGGGUCAUCGAUUUCUUCUGGAUGGACGCGAGGCUGGCCGUGAUUUUCUGCCCUGUGAAGUCCUUCGAGAACAUGGCCUACAGGCCGCGCAGGCCGACUUGGAUCCGCGCCGACAAACCCUGGCACGCAUACCAGAUCCAGGUCCUCAAGGGCCCGAAGCAGUACCCAAUCACGAGGCCACCUCCUGUCAGGCAGCCCGAGAUCCCGCAGAGUUACCCCGUGCCCGACCUGCUACACGGCUCGCAGCGGCACCUGGACCAGUGCUGGUUGGAUUUUUGCUCUGCUGCUGAGGCCGAGCUUCGAUCGCUGUUCGGAUGGACAGAGUCGGAGGCGCGCAGGUAUGAGGGCCGAGGCUUGACUCCCGAGGUGGUGCAUAGACAGCUUCUCCCGAAGCAUGACAGCCCAGUGGCUGAUCGAGGCCCAGCCAGGGCCUGGCGUUGGGCCGCGGGGGAACUGGCCUGGAUAGGCCAACUCGUCUGCUGCGUCUUGCGGGGACAGUCGGCGCCCAAGGCCAAGUCGGAGGCCCUUGCGGGCCAGUUUUCCACCUCGGGAGGAGGGCCUCCUCGGACCUACAACGAGGAGGUCGCAGGCCAGCUCAGGCGAGCCUGGAGGGAGCUGUUCCAGGCGAGACACCACUGGGACCAGCUGGGGCUCUGGAGCGUGGGGAUGCUGUCCACUCUGCGCGCUAUCGCAGACGUGGAGCCCCACAUCAUCGGUGCCCAGGCCAUCCUCGCGCUGCAGCAGCUCGCCAAGAAGCGGGCCCAGUCCUGGGAGCAGCACCUCAUGCGGCAGCGCUCCAAGCGAUUCUAUGAGCGCCUGGGCGCGAAGUUCCCUGGCUCGGGGGGCUUUCUGCAUCGCAUCUGCCACUGGAAGCAGGCGUGGAAGGAGCCCAUCUCGUCGGCCAAGAAGCUGAAGCUGCCUGCUGACCCGCAGCUCGCGGUCACUCAGGAGGCGCAGGAGUGGGCUAGCAUUUGGCGCGCUGGGUCAGGUGACUACACCAAGUUGUGGCAGGUCACUCAGGUCCAGCCACAACGGAUGGCCCACGCGCAGAUGCUGCCUGCCAUCGACGCGGUGCAGGUGCGCACCAUAUGCCGCAGCUACAAAUGGAAGACUGGGCUUGGGCUGGACGGCUGGCAUUUUGGACACCUGGCCUGGCUCAGCGACGAGGCCUUGAAGUGCCUCGGGGACAUCCUCAUGCUGUGCGAGCGGCUCUGCUCGUGGCCUACGUCCAUACGCAUGCUCAUCCUUUUCCUGGUGGCCAAGGAGGACGGUGGCGGCAGGCCCAUCUUCCUGUUUCCCACGCCUGUGCGCAUCUGGGAGGCUGUUCGGGACCCCUCGGUUCGCCAGUGGGAGCGGACCCACGUGAGGCCAUACGACUGGGCAUCACCAGGGCGUAGCAGUGAGCAUGCGGUCUGGAGAGCGAUGUUGGAUGACGAGGCCUUGGAAGGUACCUGUUUCGCAUCUAUCACCGCCUUGAUGGAUUUGGAGAAGGCCUAUGAAUAUGUGGCGCUCAAUUUGAUUUGGAUUCUCGGCAUGGUGCAGCAAGCGCCCAUGAGCGUGUUGGCCCUUUCCCUGGAGUCGUACGCCUUCCCUCGAGCGGUACGUGAGGGCCAGGCCGUCGCCGACCUCAUCUGCACCCAUGUUGGUUUGCCCGCUGGAUCGAAGUGCGCCAAUCGCUUCCUGAAGAUGGUGCUGCAUCCUAUCCGGGAUGUCGUGGCCCGCUGGCCAGGGACCAAGCUGGAGAUCACGAAGUUUGUUGACGACUUGGCGCUGCGUAUGGUGGGCAGGAGCGUACAGUUGAGGGCGAUCUUUCCCGACCUGGCCCGCGCUCUCAUCCACCUUCUGGAGUCGUUGCUUCAGCUAAAGGUCUCGAAGGGUGUGAGAGGCAAGUCUAAGUUCGUCUCCAGCGGCGGCUCUUUGGCACAGGAGCUGACACAGGCCAUGGCCGACAUCGGCCUACAGCACGGUGAGAGCGAGCGCUGGUUGGGAGUUGACUACCAACCUCAGGGCCCUCGGAAGAGGACCGCCAGAUCCAGACGGGUCCAGACGGCCCGAGGCCGCUGGUGCAAGGCGGCGGCUCUCAUGCGCAGAGGGGUGAGGGUGCGCCCUGUGGUGCAGCAAGGCCUCAAAGCGUCAGUGGCGUACGGGGCGACCUGUGCUGGCACCCCUCCCGCAGUCCUGAAGUUCGUCAUGGCCAAGACAGCGGCCGUGCGCGCAGGGGCUGGGACCUUCCGCUCAGGCACCUUGGGCUGGGCGAUUGCGCAAAGGACGGACGGCGCCGAGCAGCUCAGACUGGCCCCACUGCGGGCAUGGAUGCGCGAGGCCUGGGACCAGCCCGAGAGACGGAAGGAGAUGGCGCACGCUUGGGGCCGCCAGUGGCCCAAGGUGCAGAGGGCUCUCGCCUAUGGCCCAGCCAAGUUCGACGCCUGGAGGAUGGUGCGUGGACCAGCUGCAGCUACCAUUCUGACGGUGCACGAGCUGGGCUGGCACAUGGAGGACGCCUGGACCAUCCUCGACGGCGCCCACGACAAGUGGGACAUUCGCGAAGUCGCCCCCCUCGAGGUCCUUCGUGCCGCAGAGAGGGCGAUCGCGAAGAAGAAGCUCAUGGACUGGGCGUUAGCGGAUGAGAUGCGCCAGCCGCUCCGACCCACCCCCUUCCUGCUGCCAGCCAAGCAGCUCAUGCGCUCUAAGACCACGGAGACCUGGACGAGGCACCACAUCAACAGUGCCAGGACGGUUGCGCUUGGGGGCUACCCCACGCAGACGGUGUGCUACGAGCGCGGCCAGGUCACCAGCCCUAUGUGCCCAUUGUGCGGCAAGAAAAAGGGCACCUCGAUGCGCGUGUAUUUUCUCUGUGAUGCAGACGUUUGCGUCACGAUACGGGAUGGCCUCACCGAGCCGACCCUCAAGAACAGUUUUCGGGACGUGGUGUAUUUGGGCGAGAUGGCCGCCACGAAGGAGGAGCAGGGCUGCAGAGGCGGCGACACGCUCUUCUGGAAAUGGGCUCGCGGCCUGGUCGCAGACCCCGUCGCCGAGUACCAGGUGCCCACGCCGCCCGACGAGUACCAGUGGGGAGAUCCCGACGGCGAGAUGGUGCUGUCGGGCUGGGUGGCCACGGACGGAUGCGCCCUGUCCCCCGAUGUGGAGGAGAUAUCCACGGGAGGCUUUGCCGCCACCACCUGGUGCGAUGCAAAGAAGAGUGAGAUCCAGUCUUUGUUCGGUGCAGUGCCUGUCGCGAGGCCCACAUCGGCCCAUUGUGAGAUUUGGGCUGUGUAUCAGGCUGUGAAGCACUCUGUCGGGCUCGUAGGGCUCCUUUUGGACAGCAAGCAGGUUGUUCAGGGGCUCUUGGCUGGCAAAGAUUUGUGUGUGAACAGCGAGCAGAUAACCGCGCACCUCUGGAAGCUUGUUUGGGAUGCCCUGGAAGAUGAGGGCCUCGUCCCAGGUGAGUCCCUUCAAGUUGUCAAGAUUAAGUCUCACAUGACCAAGGCCCAAAGGGCCUGUCUGUCGGGUGAGAGUCUCAUGCAGUAUGAUAUGAAUAGGUGUGCGGAUGCCCGUGCUAGAGAAGGAGCUGACCACUAUGCCGCCCCGAAGUGGAAGGUGGACCAGGUCCAGCAGUGUCUUAAGUUUCAGAAAAGGCUGCUGCAGUAUGCGGCGUCUUUCAGGAAGCUGCUGCGGGAAUGCGAGGGCCCGUUGACGAAGGGUAUUGCCGCCCAUCGGUGGCGGAGGCUCUAUCGUGACCGUAUCCUGGACGGUAAGAACCCGUACACGGGAAAGCCCGUGCGCGAGCAGGCGAGGCCCUCCGCCCCGCUCAUGGCGCGCGCCGGAGGAUGCAUGCCGCAUGCCCUCUUCACGCAGUCUGGGCGAUGUCUCCGCCUAGUGGGGCAGUACGCGGUCAUCCAGGAUUUGCCGCAGUGCGUGGCGAAGCAGAUCCUGGACGAGAUAUCGAGGGUCAAGUGCCAGCAGGACGCCGUGCUCGAGACCGCGGAAGCGCUCGGUGUACUUGAGGCGGUCCUGCGCGAGAGGCGCCGCAGCGGAGGCGAGCUCCCGCAGGGCCGCCGCGACCCCGGCGUGGCCCUGGGCGGCCUCCAGAGCGCCCACGACCCCGCGCACGGCCCCGAAGCCAUAGACCACGUUGCGGGUGAAGGCCACGGUGGGGCCGCCGAGUGA